AUGACGUUCCAUGAUUCAUGGCAGACCCGAUAGAAGAGGUAUCGCUUCCGCCUCAGCUUGGAUGCCCAUGGCGUACGAUACUAUUGUCCUUAUGCUGACGUUGAAGCGGACGCUGGGCCCGGUACGGAAUAAAACCGCAGGCAAGAUUGCGAAGGCGCUCUUGCGGGAUGGAAUCAUCGUCAUCUUUGCCGUCAACUUGGUGCUCACGCUGAUGAUUGCCUUGGCACCCCCAGGUAUCCAGAACAUCACCGCACAGCUUACGGUGACGAUGAUGUCUCGCAUCACGCUGCACCUCCGCAAGCAGGCGCGGGUGCGCGAGAUGGACUCAAUGUCGCAGACACACGAUAGCUACCGCGGUAAUAGCGUCUUCAGCGAGCCCGUGUUCGCGAAGAAGAGCGACGUGGGCACCGAGGAGUGGUAUGAGAUGCGUCCGCCAUCGCCGGCGCGCGUUGCUUCAAGGACGCGCACGCCUCGGGGCCCCGAGCUCUGGUUUGGCGUCUGACGUGCGCCUCCCCCGUCGCCUGCCCAGUGCCCGCUGACCCGUUCGCUGCGUGUGCGGCGCCGCCCGCGGACUUUAUGGUUCGGACCCCCAAACAUAUAUAUUGCUGUAAUACCAUCCAGUGGCUGUUGUACAAUAGCUUGCAUCUAUCAGUAUUGAUACUUAUCUCACG